CCAAACAGAGUAAACCUUCCACGUCACGUGAGCCGCUUUCUUAAAAGGGCAAUGACCGCAGCUUUACUCCUGUCCUGACAGAAUGGAGGAAUAUGUUCGGGAACCAUGCCCAUGGAGGAUUGUGGAUGAUUGUGGCGGGGCUUUUACUAUGGGCAUCAUUGGUGGAGGCGUGUUCCAGGCAAUUAAAGGUUUUAGGAAUGCCCCAGUGGGAAUGAGACAUCGGUUUCGGGGCAGUGUUAGCGCUGUGAAGAUUCGCGCCCCUCAGAUCGGAGGCAGCUUUGCGGUUUGGGGGGGCCUGUUUUCCACCAUUGAUUGCAGCUUGGUGAAGGUACGAGGGAAGGAGGAUCCAUGGAACUCCAUCACCAGCGGAGCACUUACAGGAGCCAUACUGGCCUCUCGAAGUGGCCCUCUGGCAAUGGUGGGCUCAGCCCUAAUGGGAGGUAUUUUGUUGGCUCUUAUUGAAGGUGUUGGGAUCCUCCUCACUCGAUACACAGCGGCACAGUUUCAAAACCCCAACCCUUUUGGAGAGGAGCCAGGCAAUGUACCACACUGAUUGUGACAGCAUGUACAGCGGCUGCUGAAGACCUUACCGCGGCACUUCACCAUCCCUGCUGCUGGCGGAAGUAUGGAGAGGGUGCUCACCAAAUGUUCCUGUUCUUUGUUAGAAAUAAACAAUCUUCCUCGUAAAA